AUGACGUCGCUGAUACUUCUAGAUACAUUGAAAACAGAUUUGGACCAAAGCUACCGGACCCAGCUCGAUUCAGACCCAGAAUUCUACAAGGCGGCAAGCAAAUACCUCCAAGAUCUACUCGUCAAUGAUGAGCUCCUCUCAACAGAUGCAUUCACUACCACUACAACAACAACACCAAAGAGGCCGACCCGCACGAUAGUUGAAGAGAUUGCAGAAUUGGACUCGGCAAGACACAACAUAAGCCUACAGCUAAGCUCGCUCGCAAAUGCAAAUCGAGACCUUAUCCUCGACGUGAACAGCGACUUGGACGAAGUUCAACGCAAGUUCGCUACUGAAUACCAGCAAUGCAUAGACUCCAUACUCAAAAAUCUCGAUUCAGCCCCCUCCGUACAUCAUAAUCGUAACCAUCACCACCACCGCCAGAACCAAAACCACCAUGAUAAAACCCAGCAACUGCAUCAACGUCUACUCGAUCUGAUCAAACAGGGAAACAUGAUUUUGAGCAACAUGGACUCCGUAUUGGAUAUACUCGAGCUUCCCACUCUAUGCAAGCUAUGUAUACUACAAGGCAAUUACCAGGAGAGUCUAGAUAUUUCCAUCUUUGCCAAGUCGCUCACCAUCAGAUUCCCCAAAUUGCAGAUUUUCAAAGCGAUAUCGAUCCAAGUCCAAGCCGAGUUGCAAGUGAUGCUAAAGGGGCUCAUAAAGCUCCUCAAUACUGACCUCAGGCAAAACCAUAUCCUCAAGAUAUUCCAAAUCUUGAAUAAAUUGGAGAGUGUAGACGACAAGUCGCUACAACGCAUCUACUUGAAUAGUCGGUUCAAGUUUAUCCUCGACGAAAUCUCGAGCUUGACGCCGAUUUUAAAGUUUAACAAAUUGACCUAUUUGAAGCGGUACGUGGAGAUUUACCGGGAACACGUUUACGCCGCGUUGUCCAUGUACCAUACCAUUUUCAAAGAAGAGGAGAAUUUGUUGCUUUUGAACCAGUUCAUCACCACCUUGGGUGAGAACUUGUGCCGCGAGUUUAUCAAAUACCUCCCGGCAAUCAAGUCGCAACAACAACAACAGCAGCAGCACGGUUCGAUUGAAUCGGAGAUGGAGUUGAAAAACUCAAUCGAUGGUUUACUACUCCAGUUGAUCUACUUGAGCAAGUCGCUAUCUAGUUUCCAAUUCGAAUUUGAGCCAAUUUUUUUGCUUCAGCUUUGCUAUAAAAAUGAAAUCUUUACAGAAAAGGAAUGGGUAGAGAACAUGUCAAAAGUGAAAAAACACCGGUAA